AAAGAAACAAAGUGUUUUUUAAAACACUUGAAAGAAUCCCAACUGGCAAGGAGGCAAACCAGUUGGAUAUUAACAAGCAUUGUCUCGAACUGGACUCGAACCCAGCACCACCGGAUUGCGAGACCGACGCUAUGACCAACUCGACCAUGUUUUCCCCUUUUUUAGUAUUAUAUUUGUUUCAAUCUCGCAUUUGUGUGAAAUAUCAGUUACGAUAUAUCUGUUACUCAAUACUUGAAGUCACCCCAACUGAAACCAAAACUGUAAACCAAUAAAGUCAGUUUUACUGAAAAAAACUUGAGCAAUAUUACUGUAUUCAGCGAGCUUUGACAAUAUUCGAUAAGAAACUUCAAGCGUAUCCUUUGCUUGAUUUAUUAGAGCGCCACUGAAGAGGGUCCGUAGAUCAGCUAUGACAUCUUACUAUAUUUUCAGAAGUUGGUACAGCCGUUGGCUGUUCAAAACAAGACGAGCGAAAAAACCUAUCUGUAUACUAGUCGUUUUGCUCCUCAUUGGUGUUUUCGCCUUCUACUUAAGCAUGUCUCGUAACAUUUCAUCCUUGUUGCAAGAUCCAGUUAGGAAUUGUAUAAGCAAUUCUAAAAAGUGCCCGUACAUGCGACAAUUUGAUGGAACUUCGGCAAAUGGACCAACCAAGUUUCCCCUCAUUAUGCCAMACGUUGAACCAAAUAUUUCAUGUGAAGACAGAAAGCUUUUUAUUGCUGUUAUUGUGAACUCGGCAUCUGAUGAGCAACAUCAGCUUCGACGAAUGGCUAUCAGAAUGACUUGGGGAGGUUCUACUGAAAUACAACCUAGAUGGAGAGUGUUUUUCGCUUUGGGAAUCAACAAACAUACCGCCGUUUACCUUAAAAACCGAUGGGAAUCACUGAAGUACAACGAUAUACUCAUUGGUAACUUCUUAGACACCUACAAGAACGUGGUGAUUAAGACUUUUAUGUCUCAUUACUGGGCGUACUUCAGAUUGAAUUGUCAAUAUAUUCUCAAGGCCGACGAUGACGUGUAUAUUCGAGUUCCAAGGCUGGUGGAAUGGUUGGUAGGUCCAGCUAAUUUACCAACGAGGUUUUAUGGAGGAUAUUUGCAACAAUCAUUGGAAGUUGUUCGCAAUCCAAAAAUGAAGUGGUAUCUUCCCAAAGAAGUUUAUAACGAAACACAUUUUCCUCCAUUUUUAAAGGGAUCAUUUCAAGUGGUCUCCACCGACAUGCUUCCUAGUUACUUCCACUAUACUCAGUUCAUCAGGAAACCGUUCUACACAGAUGAUGCAUAUUUUGGUGUUAUGGCUAGAGACCUUGGUUUAAAUGCCACACAAAUUCCAAGCUUUCUUUUCUAUCAUCCACAAACAGACGAACAGCUCCUUGCUGCGAUUGCCUUUGGUCAUCAGGUUGAUGUUACUGGAAUGUUGAGGUACUACUCAAGAUACGAACUUGUAGCCUAAAUAAAAAGCUGUUCCUGGCUAUACUCAGUCAUUUCUCCCUCUCCGUAUUUUGAAAUUUAAAACCAAAGUGAAGCAAGCGACGAGGUAGAGAUGUAGUAAUUCGACUACAAUCCGAGGCUGAGAGCAAAUCAAUAUAAUGACCAGAAGAAUAAUUACAAUAGCUGCAAAGAGCAGCUUAAGGUGGAACCAAACUAAUUCAGAGCGAAUUUUUGGCAAUUUUAUUCUCGCUCCCUUCGCAAAGGAGGCAGCAUGGUCGAGUGGUCAUAGUGUCGGUAUCGCAAUACGGUGGUGCCACUAGCCUGAGACUGUAUUUGUUCCGAGUCCUGAUUAGUUCAAAUUCAGUUUCUCGACCAUGCUUGUUACUGCGAUUCCCAGUCACACGCGACCAAGUGAGACCAAAAUCACAAACGAAAAAUUGAGUUUUGGUGGACGUCAAUCAAAGGGGUUUCUUAAACAUGUCUAAGGAUUCUGACUCCGAAUUUCAAACGUUUAACUGCAAACUAUCAGUAUUGACUUAUCAGUACCGUGGCCGAGGGAAGACAUCGUAAGUCGUUAGUCGAAACUCGCAACUGAAGUGAUCGAUAACCGACUGACAACACAACUUGCAACUUGCCAAGUAAGAACUUAGGACUUACCACUUUGGACUUAGCACCUAGCACUUUCAACUUGCGACUUACGACUUAGCACAAAGACCUCCCCUCCCCUCCCCAAAAGCUUUCGAAUUUCUAGGCGAGGAGACUGGGCGAUUUUUUAAAUUUUUUUUAUGUUUUUACAAUUUUUUUUUACAUAAAGUGUACAGGUGAGCAGCACAAAUGAACAACUGAUCUUUCCUUAGGUUUUGUAAACUUUUUUAUUACUCCGACGCGCUUCGUCUAUAAUCAACAGACUUCUUCAGGGAGUUUACGAAUGAGUAUUAUUACAACAGUUUAUAUGGACUAUUAACAGGAAAUUACAAAACAUACAAACAUGUUGUAGCAGGAAAGCACGUAAAAUAGGCUAGGCAAUAGUGGAAUUUCCUAAUUAAUGUUAUUUUAUACUUUUUGGGACACAUGGUUAGCGCUAAGCUCUGGUCUGUUGAUGUAGGAAGUUUAAAGAAAAAAUUGGAGCCGUUUUGAAGAAAACGGCGAAAAUGUGAUUUUUAGCGAAACUCUCAUUUUCGAGGUUUACAACCACAAUUAGUAAAAAAACAUUUAUUCAAUGAGUUUUUAAGAUUUGAUGCUAAGUUUUCGUUAGGCUCAUCCGCAAUACUUGGAAAUAGGUAUAUGAAAACUUCAAGACAAUCCAUCUAAUGGUAAUGUUUCAUAUGCUUCAAAUUUUGGGUCGAAUUUUCAAGCGGCGUCAUAACAUUUUUUCUGCCCAAGACUUUCCAUUCAAAUUAUACACAGGCUGCAAUAGUACUAGACGAUAAGAUUCUGAAAAUUUCAGAAAAUCGUACCUGAGGAUGGGGAGAAAAAAGCCAAAAACUAAAGAUAGCACUGUUUGAUUUUCGGCCGUAAUAGGCUAAACAUUUAAAGGAUCUUGAAAUAAAAUACACUGUUAGAAUCUAGGAUAAUCCAAGCAUAUUAUAUGAAAAAUACAAUUAAAUUGACGCACUAGUUGUGCGAAGGGAGCGAGAAUAAAAUUAUCCAAAAAUCGCUCUGAAUUAGUUUGGUUCCACCUUAAACUAAAGUUAAUAUGUGAAUAUAUCGUAAAUGUAUAGAAAGGUCUACGAGGAAUAUUUUAGACUUUCGCAAAGUCCGCCGCCCGCUUUGGUUUUUUUUUUUACUAAGCGCAUGAGGUUUGGUGAGAAAAACUUCAUCGAGACUGUUGUUGUUGUCCCUUUGGUCUCUUUAAUGAAAGACCAAGUAACGUCUUUAAAAUCGAAGGGGAUCUCUGCUUCCUAUGUUGGAGACGACUAAACAAUUUCCGUAUAUAGUCAUUGGUAGAAACUUGACUGGCGUAAAGAAAGCAUAUUUUUUGUUUGGACGCUGGAGAUAUCGCUAUCCUUUCAACAGUUUUAGUUGGAGUUAUAGCAUCAACCAUUCAUUAUUGAUAAACCAUGUUUUGCUAAAUGAAAACCACAAUUCUUUAGCUCCGUCCCCGAAAGCCGACACUCCCGUAUCAAAUUCGGAAAUGGCGGGAAACGCAAUUGAAUAUCCUGCAGGUUUGACAAGUCGACCUCUCGCGACUUCGUCGCUCGCUCGCUGCGCUCGAAUUAAAAAAACGCCGAGAAAACAAGAGAGGUCAACUUGGGGCAAGUCUAGGAAUAUUUCUAUCGUAAGAUUUAAAAGAAUAGUGCUAAAAUAACUAAGCAAAGGGGUAAAGAGUGUGUAGGGCGUAACCAGAAGUGUACAUGCUAAUGGAAGGAGCUAAGAGGUUUACUUGUAAAUUCAAAGCAUACCAUUAUUUAAACUUGUGCGUGAUGGUAGCCUUAUUGAAAUCUUAUAUCGAUAUUUUUAAUAGCUAAUUGAUCGUUCUUUAUCUUG